AUGUCUUCAAAAAUUAAUAUCGGAUUUAUCGGUUUGUCGAAAGGACGUUGGGCUGAACACGCGCAUGCACCCUAUCUACAAAAUUCAUCGAUUUACAGCAUCAAAGCAUUAGCUAAUUCGACACUUGAGUCUGCGAAAUCUGCAGCAGAAACUUUUGGUAUUGAUAAAUACUACGGUACACCAGAAGAAUUAGCUCAAGAUCGAAAUGUUGAUACCAUUGUUGUUUCGGUUAAAGUUCCAUUGCAUAAACAAUUGAUUAUGCCUGCUGUACAGCAAGGAAAGAAUGCGAUCGUCGAGUGGCCUCUCGGACGAAAUCUUCAAGAAGCCGAAGAAUUGGCUGCAUUAGCACGAUCAAAAGGUAUAAAAACCAUGGUGAUAUUACAGGCACGACAAUCAUCGGUGAUCAAGAAAAUGAAAGAGAUCGUCGAUUCAGGAAAAUUAGGAAAGAUUCUAUCCAUACAUAUUUAUGCUAGUGGUUCUGCUUGGGGAUCUGCAAUUGAUACGGCCAAUGCGUAUGCUGCUAAUAUUGCAAAUGGAGUAACACUGACUUCUGUACCUGGUGGUCAUACAUUGGACGCUAUGUGUUAUGUUUUUGGAGAAUUUAAAUCAGUAACAGCAACAAUGCAUAAUGCAAGAAAGACAAUCGAAGUUCGAGAUGAGAAAGGAAAUAAAAUUCGCGAGGAGCCAAUGACAUCUCAUGAUCAAAUGAGUGUCAGUGGACUCUUAACUUCUGGUGCAUACGCAUCGAUACAUUUACGUGGUGGAUCGUAUAAAGGCACGAAUCUUCUUUGGGAAGUCGAGGGCACACAAGGUGAAUUGCAAAUUAGAGGUACAACUGGACAUAUGCAACUUUCCUCACCAACAUUAUUUGCAAGUUUAAAUGGUGAAGAUCUAACCGAAAUAAAGCUCGACGAGGAACAAGGUGCUCAUGUUAAUGUUGGUCGAGCUUAUGAUGAAUUUGCUAAAAAGGACGGUAUUUAUCCAAGUUGGGAAGACGCCGUAAUUCGUCAUCGUAUGUUAGAAGCGAUCUACAAGAGUGCACAGACCGGUGCAACGCAAACUUAUGAACAUUAA